AUGGCCGACGGGCAACAAGCAGGGCAGCAGCAAGGAAGGCGGUUGCGGAGGCUAGCGGCGGUGUGGCAGCGAGAGGAGAGCUCGAUGGAGGCUCAGGAAGUGGCCGAGAGGCGGACUAUCUGCGUCACAUUCUUUCUGGCGUGGCUUACUGUCAUGCACAUCGAUCUCAGAGAAAACAGAGUGAAGGUAGCAGACUUUGGAUUGGCUAGGCCAGUUGGUGUUCCCUUAAAGUCAUAUACUGGACAGGUAGGAACUCCCAGGUACAGGGCUCCAGAAAUUUUGCUUGGCUCACACCAAUACUCUUCUGCUGUUGACAUUUGGUCUGUUGGUUGCACAUUUGCCGAGAUGGAACUGGCAAACGUGUUCCAAGAUCUUGAACCUGCCGGAGUCGAUCUUCUCUCUAUAAGUUUAAUCUACUAUACUUGA